AUGAUCUCUUAUUCAAUAGGCUCUUUAUUCUUCUUCUUCUUCUUCUUCUUCUUCUUCUUCUUCUUCUUCUUCUUCUUCUCAGUUGUCUUUUUCUGCUCAUUGUCUCAUUCCUUUUCUUUCUUUCUUUCUUUCUUUCAUUCUUUCUUUCUUUACUUUUUUCUUCCUCUUUUUCUCCAUCUUUUUUUCUUCUUUUUCCUAUUCGCUUUUUUUUCUCUUUUCUCCUCUUUGUCCCUUUUCUUUCCUUUUUCUUCUUUUUCUUAUUUGUCUUUUUGUCCUCUUUGUCUCUCUUCUUUUCAUUCUUCUUCUUCUCCUCCUCCUUCUUCUUUUUCUUCUUCUUCUCCUUCUUCUUCUUCUUCUUCUUCUCCUACUUCUUCUUCUUCUUAUUUAAAUUUUUCAUUAUUUCUUUCUAUCAUUUUUGUUUCUUUCUUUCUUGUUUGCAAAUCUUACUUUCUUUCUUUCUUUCUUAUUUACAAAUCUUUCUUUCUUUCUUGUUUACAAAUCUUUCUUUCUUUCUUUCUUUCUUAUUUACAAAUCCUUCUCUAUUUCUUUCUUAUUUACAAAUCUUUCUUUCUUUCUUUUUUUAUUUACAAAUUUUUCUUUCUUAUUUACAAAUCUUUCUUUCUUUCUUAUUUACAAAUCUUUCUUUCUUUCUUUCUUACUUUUUUUAUUUACAAAUCUUUUUUUCUUUCUUUCUUAUUUACAAAUCCUUCCGUCUUUCUUUCUUUCGUAUUUACAAAUCUUUCUUUCUUUCUUUCUUAUUUACAAAUCUUUCUUUCUUUCUUUCUUUCUUUCUUAUUUACAAAUCCUUCUUUCUUUCUUUCUUUCUUUCUUUCUUUCUUUUUUUUUUAUUUUUCUUUCUUUCUUUCUUUCUUUCUUUUUAUUUCCAAAUUUCUUUUUGUUUGUUUUCUUUCUUUCUUUCUUUCUUUCUUCUUUUUUUUUACAAAUCUUUCUUUUCUUUCUUUUCUUUCUUUCUUUCUUUUUUUUCUUUCUUUUUUCUUAUUUUCUUCUUUCUUUUUUUUUUUUUCUUCUUAUUUCCAAAUCUUUUCUUUCUUCUUUUUUCUUUCUUUCUUUUUUCUUUUUUUUCUUUCUUUCUUUCUUUCUUUUUUUUUUUUUUCUUUUUAUUUUUUUUUCUUUCUUUCUUUCUUUCUUAUUUCCAAAUCCUUCUUUCUUUCUUUUCUUUUCUUUCUUUCUUUUUUCUUUUUAUUUCUUUCUUUUCUUUCUUUCUUUCUUUCUUUUUUUCUUUCUUUCUUUUUUUUCUUUUUUCUUUUUCUUUUCUUUUUUCUUUCUUUCUUAUUUCAAAUCUUUCUUUCUUUCUUUCUUUUUUUUCUUUCUUUCUUUCUUUCUUUCUUUCUUUUUUAUUUAUUUCUUCUUUUCUUUCUUUCUUUCUUUUUAUUUACUUUCUUUUCUUUCUUUCUUUCUUUCUUUUUUUCUUUCUUUCUUUUCUUAUUUCCUUUUUCCUUUUUUCUUUUUUCUUCUUUUCUUUUCUUUCUUUUUUCUUUCUUUUUUUCUUUCUUUCUUUUUUUCUUUCUUUCUUUCUUUUCUUUCUUUCUUUCUUAUUUACAAAUCUUUUUUCUUUUUUUUCUUUUCUUUCUUCUUUUCUUUUAUUUAUUUUCUUUCUUGUUUUUUUCUUUUCUUUUCAAAUUUUCUUUUUCUUUCUUUCUUUCUUUUCAAAUUUUUCUUUCUUUCUUAUUUCUUUUUUUUCUUUCUUAUUUACAAAUCUUUCUUUCUUUCUUAUUUUCUUCCUUCUUUCUUUUCUUUCUUUCUUAUUUUUUUUUUCUUUCUUUCUUUCUUUCAAAUUUUUCUUAUUUCUUUCUUUUUUUUUCUUUCUUUCUUUCUUUCUUUUUCUUUCUUUCUUUCUUAUUUAAAUUUUUCUUUCUUUUCUUUCUUUUUUUUUUUUUACAAAUUUUUCUUUCUUUCUUUCUUUCUUUUCUUUUUUUACAAAUCCUUCUUUCUUUUCUUUCUUUUACAAAUCCUUCUUUCUUUUCUUUUUUCUUUUUUUACAAAUCUUUCUUUUCUUUCUUUUUUCUUUUCUUUUUUCUUUCUUUUUUCUUUCUUUUCUUUCUAUUUUACAAAUGCUUUUUUUUUCUUUCUUAUUUACAAAUCCUUCUUUCUUUUUUUUCUUUCUUUUUCUUUCUUAUUUCUUUUUCUUUCUUUUUUUUUUCUUUCUUUUUUUCUUUUUUUAUUUCUUUUUACUUUCUUUUCUUUUUUAUUUCUUUCUUUCUUUUUUCUUUCUUAUUUCUUUUCUUUCUUUCUUUCUUUCUUUCUUUCUUAUUUACAAAUCCUUCUUUCUUUCUUUCUUUCUUUCUUUCUUAUUUACAAAUCCUUCUUUCUUUCUUUCUUAUUUACAAAUCUUUCUUUCUUUCUUUCUUUCUUUUUCUUUUUUACAAAUCUUUCUUUCUUUCUUUCUUUAAAUUUUCUUUUUCUUUCUUUCUUUCUUAUUUACAACUUUCCUUCUUUUUUUUCUUUCUUAUUUACAAAUCUUUCUUUUUCUUUCUUUUUUUUUUUUUUUUCUUUUUCUUUCUUUCUUAUUUACAAAUUUUCUUUCUUUUUUUUUUCUUUUUUAUAUUUUUCUUUCUUUCUUUAUUUUUUUUUACAAAUUUUUUUUCUUUCUUUUCUUUCUUUCUUUUUUUCUUUCUUCCUUUUUUCUUUUCUUUCUUUCUUAUUUACAAAUCUUUUCUUUUCUUUCUUUUUUUUUCAACUUUUUUUUUUUUUCUUUCUUUCUUAUUUACAAAUCUUUCUUUCUUUCUUUUUUUUUUUCUUUUUUUCUUUUCUUUUUCUUUCUUUUUUUUUUCUUUCUUAUUUACUUUCUUUUCUUUUCUUUCUUUCUUAUUUACUUUUUUCUUUCUUUUCUUUUUUUUUUAUUUUUUUCUUUUCUUUCUUUUUUUAUUUUUUUCUUUCUUUUCUUUUCUUUUUUUUAUUUACAAAUCCUUUCUUUCUUUUCUUUCUUAUUUACAAACUUUUCUUUCUUUUUUAUUUCUUCCUUUUUUCUUUCUUUCUUUCUUUCUUUUCUUUCUUUCUUAUUUCUUUCUUUUCUUUCUUUUUUAUUUUUCUUCUUUCUUUCUUUUCUUUUUUCUUUUUUCUUUCUUUCUUUCUUAUUUUUUUUCUUUCUUUCUUUCUUUUUCUUUCUUUCUUUUCUUUUUUUCUUUCUUUCUUUCUUUUCUUAUUUUUUUUCUUUUCUUUCUUUCUUAUUUCAAAUCUUUUUUCUUUUUUUCUUUAUUUUCUUAUUUUCUUUUUUCUUCUUUCUUUUUUUAUUUUCUUUCUUUUUUUCUUUCUUUCUUAUUUACAAAUUUUUUUUCUUUCUUUCCUUUCUUUCUUUCUUUCUUUCUUAUUUACAAAUUUUCUUUUCUUUUUCUUUCUUUCUUAUUUCUUUCUUUUUUUUUCUUUCUUAUUUUUUCUUUUCUUUCUUUUUUUCUUUCUUUUUUCUUUCUUAUUUUCUUUCUUUCUUUCUUUCUUUCUUAUUUUCUUUCUUUCUUUUCUUUCUUUUCUUUUCUUUCUUUUUCUUUCUUUUCUUUCUUUCUUUCUUUUCUUUCUUUCUUUUUACAAAUCCUUCUUUCUUUUCUUUUCUUUCUUUCUUUCUUUCUUUCUUUCUUUCUUUUUUUCUUUCUUUUUUUUCUUUUUUUUAUUUUCUUUUUCUUUCUUUCUUUCUUUCUUUUCUUUCUUAUUUUCAUUUCUUUCUUUCUUUCAACAUUUUCUUUCUUUCUUUUUUUCUUUCUUUCUUUCUUUCUUAUUUUUUUUUUCUUUCUUUCUUUCUUUUUUUUCUUUUUACAAAUUUUUUCUUUCUUUUUUUUCUUUCUUAUUGUUUCUUUCUUUCUUUCUUUCUUUUCUUUCUUAUUUUCUUUUUUCUUUCUUUCUUUUCUUUUCUUUCUUUUUUUCUUUUCUUUUCUUUUUUUCUUUCUUAUUUUCUUUCUUUUUCUUUUUUUUUCUUUCUUUCUUUUUUUUUCUUUCUUAUUUCUUUCUUUUUUUUUUUUUUUCUUAUUUACUUCCUUUUUUCUUUCUUUCUUUUCUUUUUUUUCUUUUUUUCUUUUUUUCUUUCUUUUCUUUCUUUCUUUCUUUUUCUUAUUUACAAAUCCUUCUUUCUUUCUUUCUUUCUUUCUUUUACAAAUCCUUUUCUUCUUUUUCUUUCUUUUUCUUUUUUCUUUCUUUCAAAUUUCUUUCUUCUUGUUUUUCUUUUUUCUUUCUUUCUUUCUUUCUUUUUACAAAUCUUUCUUUCUUUCUUUUUCUUUCUUUAUUUUCUUUUCUUUUUUUUUUCUUUUUUUCUUUUCUUUUUUUUUUUCUUUCUUUCUUUCUUUCUUAUUUACAAAUCCUUCUUUCUUUCUUUCUUUCUUUCUUUUCUUUCUUUCUUUCUUUCUUAUUUACAAAUCCUUCUUUCUUUCUUUCUUAUUUACAAAUCUUUCUUUCUUUCUUUCUUAUUUACAAAUCUUUCUUUCUUUCUUAUUUACAAUUCCUUCUUUCUUUCUUUCUUAUUUACAAAUCUUUCUUUCUUUCUUUCUUUCUUAUUUACAAAUCCUUCUUUUUCUUUCUUUCUUUUUUACAAAUCUUUUUUCUUUCUUUCUUAUUUACAAAUCUUUCUUUCUUUCUUUCUUUUUAUUUACAAAUCCUUCUUUCUUCUUUCUUUUUCUUUCUUUCUUUUUUUCUUUCUUUUUUCUUUCUUUUCUUUCUUUUCUUUCUUUCUUUCUUUCUUUUUUCAAAUCCUUCUUUCUUUCUUUCUUUUUUUCUUUCUUUCUUUUCUUUUUUUCUUUCUUUUCUUUUUUAUUUACAAAUCCUUUCUUUCUUUCUUUUUCUUUCUUAUUUACAAAUCCUUCUCUUUCUUUUUUCUUUCUUUCUUUCUUUCAAAUCCUUUUUUUCUUUCUUUCUUUCUUUCAUUCUCUUUUUCUUUCUUAA